CACCUCUCUCUCUCUCUCUCUCUCUCUCUCUCUCUCAAACAUGUUUGCUCAAGUACUUAAAAUGACACUAAGCCCGAGCCCAAUCUCAAUCCCGUGCCCGACAAGAAAUUCCCAAGCCAAUUAUCGCAAAAGAACCAAGAAUCAUGUUUAUGAUCCAAAAAUGGAAAGCUUGGGUUCGGUUGAAAAUGACUUGCCCUUCAAUAAGACCAUGCCAAAUUUGCCCUUUAGCACUGGGUCCAUAUCCCCACCACCUCAACAUGUGGUGAGGUUUAAUAAACAUCAAUAUGGUGGUGGUGGUGGUGGUGAGAAGGUGGGGCGGAAGGAUUUGAUGAGGGUGGCAGUGCCCGACAAGAAUAGCGGUGGUCUCUGGGCCACUUGGCAGACGGCCACAGGGUAUGUGGAGACCGGAGAGGCGUUGGCUAUCAUGGAACCCUCUGGUUCUGGAAAAUUAACGCUUCUCGAUGCAUUAGCAGGGAGACUUGGUCCAAACACGAAACAGCACACCGGAAAGAUCAUGACCAAUGGCCAUAAACAAACUCUUGCUUCUCGCACAUCGGUUAUGGAGAGAGAAAAAAGUGUGGAAGAGUUUAGAAAAAUCAAAAAAAGUGAGACCGGAAGUCGAAUCCACAAGAAACCGCGAUUCCUCUGCCUCCAUGGGAUGAGAAUGAGUGCCGAAGUGCUCCAGACGCAGCUGAUCAAACGGUGGCCCGAGGCAUUGCUCGGGAAAUUAGACCUCGUCUUCCCCAAUGGCCCUUAUUUGGCCCAGGGCAAAUCCGAUAUUGAAGACUUCUACGAUCCUCCUUUUUACGAGUGGUUUCAGUAUAGCCAGGAUUAUCAGGAGGUUUCCAAUUUCGAUAACUGUCUUGCUUACGUUGAAGAUUAUAUGAUCAAGCAUGGACCAUUUGAUGGUCUGAUGGGUUUUUCCCAGGGGGCCGUUAUAUCUGCAACAUUGCCAGGACUUCAAUCACAGGGUCUGGCACUCACAAAGGUUCCGAAGAUCAAGUACGUAAUCUUAAUGUCGGGGGGUAAGUUUGGCGGAUCCGUAUCCAAGUUUGCCUGUCCCAAACUGGCCGCCGAUGCCUUUUCAUCUCCUGUCCAGUGCCCUUCCCUCCACAUUAUAGGCGAAACAGAUUACUUGAAAGAAUCAGGGAUUGAGUUGUUGGACUCGUUUGUGGAUCCAGUUGUGAUUAAUCAUCCCAGAGGGCAUACAGUAGCCAAACUUGAUGAGAAAGGCCAGAAGACAAUGCUCAGCUUCAUUGAAAAGAUUGAGAAGAUGUAACUGCAACAACAGUCGAAUUUUCUUAAAUGAUGUUGUAGAUAGUUCUUUGAUUUUACCAUGUAAAAAUGGACUAUUUUUCGUAUGGUUACGCAUCUCGCGCGAACUCUUAUUCGAUCGUCUUGUUUUGAUCUUGAAUGAACAAUAACUGCAAAGGAUUAGAACGGCA